CUUCACACCACACUUUAUUCACCCACUCACCCCCAGACCGUCCCCCAAAAUCGUCCCUCAAUCAAUCUACCUUGAAGCUUGCGCCACUUGCUAUUUUGCCCCUUCUUCUGACAUCUCCUCUCCCCCAAUUGCAUGCAAUUUCUCAAAUGGGUUAUACUCCUUCUGCCCCCGAUAUAAUUCAGCAGCAGCUUCAGCAGCUUCAGCAGCAUGGAGGACUCGUCGGGCUCAUUCUUCCUCGGCUUUUCCUCCGUCAAUGAUUCCGAGUCGCGCACUGACAACACCACUGCCACCACCUAUACCAACACCCCCAGCGGCAGCAGCGGUGUUGGCGGUGCCGGAGGAGGAGCAGCAGGGGGCUUCCUCAGCAGUCGAAGUGGGAGCUCCGACUGGUCGUGGGAAAUCAUAAGCAAUUCCGCCUUGCCCCCAGGCUUGCCCCCAGGCUUGCAACCUGCCACUGCUACUCAUACCGCGAACUUCCCAGCCCCCUCGCACGCUUUGCCUCUCCCUCUCCCACCGCCCCUCCCGACUACGACCACUAUCACCAGCACCGCCUCUCGACAGCCCAAGCGCGAUCGCUCGGAGCAUCAGCACCAGCAGGAGCAAUCCCGCUCCCGCAACCGUCCCAUCGCUCGUCAUCAAUCCUCCUCCUCCUCGUCCCAUGACAUCGCCUUCGCCGGCCCGUCCAGACUGGCCGGCAAGGUGGCUAUCCCCCGCACCACCAGCUUCAACAACCAGACCCAGCGCCGUCGAUCCACGCGGGCAUGUGAACCCUGUCGCUUGCGGAAGAUCAAGUGCGAGGGGGACAAGCCAAUCUGUCAGCAGUGUGCCGAACACAGCGUGACCUGUACUUAUGUCGAAGUGAAGCGGGUGCGGGACCAGAAGAAACUGUGCUCGUUGACCAGUAAGGUGGGGAUCUAUGAGCAGCUGUUGCAGGAGGUGGAACCCACCACGGACGAAGACACGGCGAGGAGGAUCCGGAGGGCGUUGAGGCUACGGGUCUCCGAUGGGACCACGCCAGAAGAGCCGCCGCCGAAAGAGAACGAGGGGUCUGAGUCGGAUUCCUCGUCCAUUGGCUCGCUCAAUGAGUUGGAUAGGGUGGAUGAGGAUCUGAACCGCAGUGAACGGGCCGUCGCGACAGGAUUCUUUGGGAAGAAUUCGGAGGUGUCCUGGUUGCAGAAGCUGGAGGACGAGGCCGAGCUGCGUAACCAACAGAUGGAGGAACUCAACGAGGUGGACAGCAACAACAAUGCGUCGGACGGGCAGCAGCAGAUGCAGCAGCUCCUGCUGGUCCCGCAGCCAGCCCAGAAGCAGGAGACGCCCAUUGCCGCCCUGAAUUACUACCUAGAUGACCUCGACAUCCCCGUCAUGGCGGAAGUCGACCCGUACGCGCUCCCGCCCAAGGACGUCGCUAACCGCCUCUUCCGGUUCUACAUGGAGAGUGUGCAUCCGUCCUUCAAUGUGAUCAGCAAAGUGUUCUUUGUCUCCCAGUAUUCGCAAUUCGUCAUUCAGGGCAAUCGGCAGAUUGAACCGGGUGACCGGUGGCGAGCCGUCCUGAACAUGAUCUUCGCCAUCGGGAGCCGCUUCUGCCAGUCGGUGUAUGGGAAGAAGGGGGGUGACUACGAUGAUGUGAUGUAUUUGAACCGAGCACGGAAGCUGACCCUAGGCGAGAAUGUCAUUUUCGAGCAUGCCAAUCUCCAACAGAUCCAGGCGGAGUUCUUGGUGGCGUUCUACUUCCUUUCCAUGUGUCAGGUCAAUCGCUCCUUCAAGUUUUCGAGCAUGGCCUUUCGGUCAGCCGUUUCACUGGGUAUAAACCUCCGCCUGGAGAAUAGUGAUACGUCGCGGGCUGCCAAAGAGGCUCGCUGCCGUCUGUGGUGGUCGAUCUAUCUCCUCGAGCAUCUCUUGACGGCCAUAACCGGCCGCGUCUCCUGCGUUGGGGAGGGCCUCAGUGCGACACCACUGCCAAUUCCAUUCGAGGAGGAGGCCUGGAACAGCCCAGAGGUUCGGCCCGUCCUAGAAGACCCGGCUCUGCGGAUGAGCCGUCUCAAGCUCACCCUCCUUCAAAACGAGCUCGAAGCUACCACCACGGCCUCGUGGCUCGCAACCUGUGCGCCCAGUCCGUCCCUCUUCUUCCACCUCCUCGUGGACCUCUGCAGCAUCACGCAGGCGAUCAUCAACAGAGUCUAUAGCAUCCAGGGCUUGCGCGACCGCGCCAGCCAGGUGGAACAGCGCAUUCGCAAAUAUGACAACACCCUGAAAGUCUGGCUCAUAAAGGUCCCGGCGCCGUACCGGUUCACCGUGAGCGACCAGGACGAUACGUUCUAUAUCCCCCCACACCUGCAGAAAUCCCACGAGCGUGAACGGACAUCGCUCGCCAUCAGCUAUUACAGCGCUCGCAUCACACUCUCGCGGCCCUGUCUCACGCGGUCCGGCCUCAAGUCCGGGUCGAUGUCCCCCAACCCGGCGCAUGCCUCAUCCUCGGGCCAAAACGCCGCCCACAACUCCUCGACACGGAGCCAGUUCCGCAACGAGAUGGCCCGCAACUGCGUCCGCUCCGCCUGCUCGCUGCUCUCCGUCCUGCCGGACACCCCGGACCUGCCGUGGCUGAUCUCGGUCACCCCCUGGUGGUGCAUCCUGCACUACAUCAUGCAGGCCACGACCGCGCUGCUUCUCCACCUGUCGUGCUGCCCGCCCGUGCUCCCGUCCACCGGCGGCGAGGAGUACGUCGACACCACCACCAGCGCCAUCUCCAACCACCAACCGCCCACGGCGCUCGCCGACAUCCACACCAUGACCCACCAGAUGAAGAAGGCCCUCCGCUGGCUCCACCACCUGUCGUUCACCCACACCGCCGCGCGGCGCGCGUUCCGGCAGUGCUACAGCGUUGUGCAGCGGAUCGCCCCGAGCAUUGGGAUUGAUAUCAGCGAUAUCCCGGACGGGAGAGACCUUCCUGUGGAUGAGGAUAUUUUCUCGCAAAAGGAUGAGGAUACUCUCGCCCAGAAGGACGCGGACACUUCCGUCCGGAACGAUGAGGACACUUUCGCCCAGAACGACGCGGAAGACUACGAAUCAACCGCCAUGCAGAUCGACGAGGAACCUCCGGCCCUUGACGUCGACGGUCAAAUCGACGGCCAGAUGGAACAAAUGCUGUGAAUACGACACCAUCGAAGUACUAUUACGUAGAUAUAUAUAUAUAUAGUUGAUCAAGUUUACGCGCGGAGUUUAUUCUAAAGCCAAGCGAGCGAAAUGGUGUCUGUCAUUCCAGAGCGAGGCGUAUCGAUUUCUUUCUUACUGUUGUGUUCUUCUGGUUCUGUUUGAUUUCUUUUGUAUAUUAUUUCGGCUAACCCUGCUUGAACCCUUGUUUGUUUCUGAGUUCUAUUGAAAUUAACAGCCCAGCUCAACAAACCUGUCCCUCCAGCGCAAUUUGUCGCCCCGUCUGUACAAGAUGGAUGAGGCCGAUCUUGACCAAGCCUGUUUUUCACCCGUCUGGCUGGCUGGCUGGCUGGCUACUACAUUUUCCUGUUGGCAGGAGCUAGGUAUGGUAUGGUAUAUCUAUAGACUGUGCAAUACAAUACCAGUGGCGUGCACCGGU